UUUUCAUUAUUGUAAUAUUAAUAUAUUAUAUGUAUGUAUAGUAUAAUAUGAAAUAUUACGUUACUAUUGUGUAGUCUAUACUCUAUAGGUAGCAUUAAUUAUAAAUAGUAUUUAUAUUUUAUAAUCAAUGGUAGUAGGUAUUAGUCUAUAGUAGGUACUGUACUACUGUCAUAAAUAGAGAUACUGUAAGUAAUUGCUAAUUAGUAAUAGCCCAUAACCCACUAUAAAACAUACAUCGCCAUUGUCUUCAAUAUUUUUACGGUGUCAAACUACGGAUCGUCUGAAUUUCUAUUUGACGGUUUUUAAAAAUUUCUUUUUUUAUUACGUUGGAAUAAAUCACCACGCUGAUCCUACAAACAUGGCUGUACGUAGAGCUAGUCACUCUGGGACGUGGUACAACGAAUCGGCUAAGGAGCUUAGCACCCAAUUAGAAAACUGGUUAGGUGCUGCCGAACUCACUCACGGGCCAGCCAGGGCCAUAAUAGCUCCGCAUGCCGGAUAUCAGUAUUGUGGUGCUUGUGCAGCAUUCGCUUAUCGCCAGAUAAGUCCAUUUGUCGUGCAACGUAUUUUUAUACUUGGACCCUCACAUAAUGUCCGUCUAUCUGGUUGUGCUUUGUCAAGUGCUGUUAAGUAUAGUACACCGUUUUACGAUUUACAAAUAGACAAUGAGGUGUAUGAAGAGCUCGAGUCUACUGGACAUUUCGAACGAAUGAGUAUGAAAGUUGAUGAAGACGAACAUAGUAUAGAAAUGCAAUUACCAUACAUUGCCAAAGUGAUGCAAGACUACAAAGAUAAAUUUACUAUUGUGCCAGUAAUGGUUGGUUCGUUGAGUACUGAAAAAGAAUCUCUAUAUGGCCAUAUAUUCGCUCAAUAUUUAGCGGAUCCAAAAAAUCUUUUUAUUAUAUCCUCAGAUUUUUGUCAUUGGGGACAAAGAUUCCGUUAUACAUUUUAUGAAAAAUCUUGGGGUGAAAUUCAUCAAUCAAUUACAACUCUGGAUCAUAAGGGCAUGGAUACUAUAGAAACUUUAAAACCAGCUGCAUUUGUUGAAUACUUAAAAACUUUCUCUAACACUAUAUGUGGCAGACACCCCAUUAGUGUUCUAUUGCAGGCGGCUAAUCAUUUAAGGAAUCAAAAAUUGUCACUCAAAUUUUUAAAAUAUGCUCAGUCCAGCAAGUGUUACAAUCUGGGCGAUUCAUCAGUUAGCUAUGCGUCCGCAUCCCUUAUAAUUGAAUAGCAAUACAGUACUUCAGUGAAUUUUUUUUGAUUCACAUUUUUCUAAAAAUAAGUAACACUAAAUUUAAAAACUAUAUACUUAAUUACAUAAGAUUGUAAACCAUUAUGGUAAUCAAGUUUUUUUUUAAUAUUGUUUAUAUUAUUAAAUAUUAAUAUGAAAGUUUUUUUUUUUUAAAUAAAAAAACACAUUAUUUUUAUAUAAAUAUAUUUUGUAAAAUUGAUAUAUAUCAUGAAAAAAACGUCAUGACUGAUGAUAAAAAUAAUUAAAAAUAUAAAUUACUUUUGUUGAAUAAACAAUGCAUUUAAGUUUAGUCAUACAAUCCCUUGUUCAGUAACUCUAAAAGGAACACUUGUUGGAGCUGUAUGUGGGCUGAACAUCACUUCAAUGUAUCUAGAAGAUUGUGUCUUAGACAUCAUAAGUCUAGUAGUCACUAAAUUCGCCCACGCAAGUCCUAAAGAUGGAACUAAUUUAUUUCCGCCGAUAUCUGAUAUUGAUGAUGUUACCUUUAUAUGAAAACAUGAAGAUGAAAUUUAUAGUAUAUUAAAUAUAUGUUUGACUAUCUUA